CACAGCUUAUUAGCUCUGUUUAUUCAACGGUGCAGACCACUGAGUGCAAAAAACUCUGAAAAACUGAUUUAACACUGACAGGCCAGCAUAUAAAACCCAUUUGUGAGGUUGAUGUUAUCAACAGAAGUUGAGUUUUGUGUGUUUUUAGACACGCUGAGCAGGUUUCUGCUGGUUUUUGCUUUGAAGGGACGUGGGGGUGCUUAGUUUCGGUCGCCCCGUCCUUAAAUACUUUCAGAGAUCCAAUCAGCCGUUUUCCCAAAGUGACACACUCUCCUAUGCAGCGAUAAAGCCGUCGGGCCAGUUUUCUGACCCUGUUUUUGGGAACUCCUCACAGCAGCAGAGUAGGAAAUCUCAUUUCAUUCAGAGCAAGGUGUGACAGACAGCUGUUUUGUGUUGUGGCUCCUGAAGCUGAAGCGUGGACUGACUUGUAAACACCUGAACUGGAGUUUGAGGGAAGAUCGAAAGAAUCUGGGGUCAUCUACAUAAGAAUAAGACUUUCCGGUUGCACUUGGAAAGAGCACAGUUCCAAUUCAAAAACAUCUAUCGGGAGAUAUUUGUAUUCUAGAGCUAGUAAAGACCAGAAUCCUUUGCCGUCUCCCAUCUGCAGCUGUGAGGCCUCAGCAUCUCCACCAUGCCUGUUGCUUAUAGGAAUCAGCACUAUGCUGAGCUGAAGCGGCAGCACAACAAAGAGAAGCUGUUUGAAGAUCCAGAGUUCCCAGCAACCAGUUCAUCUAUUUAUUACAACAAACCCCCUCCUGGAGCUGUGCAGUGGAAACGACCCGGGGAAAUAUGUGAAAACCCACACCUCUGUGUAGAGGGCAUCAGCUCUCAUGACUUGAACCAGGGGAUUGUGGGAAACUGCUGGUUUGUUGCUGCCUGUGCCUGCCUGGCUUUAAAAUCAGACCUCUGGGAGAAGGUAAUUCCUGACUGGAAGGAGCAGGAGUGGGAUUCAAACUAUGCUGGGAUUUUCCACUUCCGGUUCUGGAUCUUCGGUGAGUGGAUAGACGUGGUGAUAGACGACCGGCUGCCGACAAUCAACGGACAACUCAUCUACUGUCAGUCAAAACAAAACAAUGAGUUCUGGAGCGCCCUGCUGGAGAAAGCCUACGCCAAGCUCUUUGGCUGCUAUGAGUCCCUGGCUGGAGGCAACACUGGAGACGCUGUGGUGGAUUUCAGUGGAGCCGUGGCAGAAUCCAUCGACCUGCAGAAAGAGAAAUACUACGCAGAUCAAAACAAACAAGAUAAAUUUUUUGAGGACCUUCUCAAGGUGUGGAAUCGCGGAGGAAUCAUCAGCGCCUCCAUCAGUACACAAGGAUUUGGACUUGAGUCAAGGACGGAGAACGGGCUGGUGCGAGGCCAUGCGUACUCGGUAACCGACGUGAAACGAGUGCGUUUGGGUCAUGGGCUGUGGGCCUACUUCAAGAAUGAAACCAUUGCACUCAUCCGCCUGAGAAAUCCCUGGGGUAAAACUGAGUGGACAGGAGCGUGGAGUGACAGUUCUGAAGAAUGGUCAAAAGUCGGUGACACAGAAAGAGGCAACCUUGGCAUCACAGUGGCGGACGAUGGAGAGUUUUGGAUGUCAUUCACAGACUGGUGCAAGAACUUCACUGAUGCAGACGUUUGCCGUCUAAUAAACACCUCACUGAUCAGCAUCCAGAAGAACUGGAAUGAGGAAGUGAACUUUGGGAAAUGGACUCGCAACAGCGACCCCCUGCUGAACCGCUGUGGUGGUUGUGUUAACCACAGGCAGACAUUUCUGCAGAACCCACAGUACUUGUUUGAUGUCACCAAAGAAUCUGACGAGGUCCUGAUCUCACUGCAGCAGAAAGACAGAAAGAUCUACAGGAAAGAAGGUCAAGGAGACUAUCUAAGCAUGGGCUUCAACAUCUUAAAGGUGGAGGUGAACAGGAAGUAUCGUCUGCACGACUUGGUGACGCUACAACUUCUCCAUACCUCCACCUACAUCGAUGCUCGUACGGUGUUCAUGAGAUGUGAGCUGCCACAGGGCCGAUAUGUCGUCAUCCCGACCACCUUCAAGCCUUUCAUAGAAGGAGAGUUCAUGCUCCGGCUUUACACGGACGUGGACUCUGGCUGCCGGGAGCUAGUGAAGGACAAACCACAGACUACAUGUUGGACUCCACUUUUUGGAUAUCCUCAAGUUGUUACCCACAUAUACGUGGACAGAGCUGAGAUCGGUCAGCAAGGAGACCAGGCAAAGGGCAUAAACCCAUAUUUGAUCAUUUCCUGCGAGAGCCAAUCAGUGAAGUCCGUUGCCAAGAAGAACUCUUUGACGCCGGCUUUUGAAUUUAGGGCCAUUUUCUACAGGAAGAAGGUCUCAGAGCCCCUAACAGUGCAGUUGUGGAGCGAUGACCUUGGAUCGGACAAAUUCUUAGGGCAGGUCAUGCUGUCCGGGAGGCCUGAUGACGUCUCUCACCCUCAGCAGCUCCAGCUGAAGAAUAAAGGCAGUAAGAAGGAAGACAAUAUGCCUGGAAAAAUCACCCUGAGGAUCCUCACUUCAAACGAGCUGACGGCCUUAUAAUGAGACAUUUGAAACAUACAGUAUCUGACUUAAGAGUCAUCAAUGAACUGAAACAGCUUGAACACCGUCCAUUAUUAUUUUUUUAAAGUUAGGAGAAAAGCAAGAUGAUUCUGACCAGAUUGUGGGUUCAUUUUGACUUCUUUUUAGAAACAUGUUUUUGUUGACAACUAUUUUUAUAUUUGUGUGUUUGGGAAAGUAUUUCUUCAUGAAACAAUGAGUAAAAUUGAAGUAACACUACAGAGACUGUCAGUAAACUUGACAGGAUUAUUCUAGCUUGGCUAUUGCCUUCCUGUGCCAUUUUAUUCGAUUCAAAUCUUGCUCAGUCUGGACUUUCUGCUAUUUACUUGGAUUCCCUCUGCAAGACUUUCUACUGGGCUAUUGCGUUGUGAACGAUAUCAACUUGUAGUCUGCCUGUAGUUUCAGUAAUGACAGCAAAGGAAGUGAAUGAAAUGUUUCAGUUUGUGUUAACCACACUUCCAAAUAUUUAAUUAACAUUAACAGCCACCUCUACUGGAUCAAUACCAAUAAAAGGAUAAAAAAGCAUUAAAAGAAUUUUCUGUCUUUCUAAAGGUUCUCCUCAACUUUUUACAUCUCAACAUAUAAAGCCAAAAAUGUUUGUCUUGAAUGAAGCAGCUGCCAACAUUGAAGAUGACUGGUGUGAUUUGUAACCAUCAGCGUUGCCUUUUUUCUAGAUAAAUGUCUUUUGAUAUAUGCAAUAAAUUGAAUGUAAAAGGCUUGCUCUUUAGCAGCUAUAUGUAAUAUGUUUCAUACAAUUUUAACAAACAAAUGGCUUUACCGCGA